CGAUACAGGCAGGCAACAGGUGGACGGAUGAGCCCUGUGCGAUUGAUGGAAUGUGGGGUUAUUAGCGCAAAGCCUGUACAAUUGCAACAAAUGACAGGUAAGCUUAAUUAUAAUACAAUAGAGAAUAGCUAUUUUUAUAUUUUUAUAAGAUAAAAUAAUGAUUCUGAAUGAUUCUUGAAAUUCAAACAAAUGUAUAGCCUACAUAGAUUUUGCUGUAAACUAUCUGCAUGGCUACUGCAUUGCCUAGAUUGUAUGGCAACUAUUGAUAAUACAGAUCAAUUUACCUUCUUGCAUAAGACACAAGACCAGCACGGCAUACAUUUACUCACAAGUUAUAAAAUUGCCUCUGUACAAACAUACUGUAGCUGAGUCCAAUGGGAGUAUCAAGAUCAGAAAAAGACAUUGACCCUGGUGUUGAAUGUCUGCUAGCAAACCUUAACCUGCCUUAUGACAACAACGUGUUAUUCCCCAUAUUAUGUUAUUGCCCCCAGUGCAUGUGUAUGUUUGAGCAAAUCCUGCAACAAUGUUUACAAUAGAGUUUGUCCUGAAUUGAUGGAGAAUGACACAUUUGUUUUUCAUUGUGUGUCAGGUGACUCACCAUCACAGACACAUAUGGAUUGUAUUCAAUAUGAACCAUGACUAAGCCCUUUGAGCAGUGGACAGGAACAUUGUUCUGGCUAAUAAGUAAAUGUACUUCUAUGUCAGAAGUGGUGGGUUGAAGUAAUGAUUAACUAGAUGAUCUGAGGUUUGUCAUUCUGAGGAAAUUAGCAUGAUGUCACACUACCUGUGUGAUAUAGCUAAGUUCUGUAAAUACUGUACAACUGAUAAUACUGUGUGGUGAUAACCUCCAUCUAUUUUCCCUUCUUUCACCCAUAGGGCAGGCUGAUCAUACACAUUGGCAUGAUAGGGGCAUGAGGGUUAAAGUAUUUUGUGUGUCUUGGUUAAACAUCUGUGAAAUAUAUAGCACAAAACACAAUGGAGGUUAUUCAUUUCAUAUCUUCUGCAUAUCUCACAUCUAGUGAAACAUCUAUAGGGGACUGAUAACCACGGAUAAGACAUUUUACUACUUUUCUAUCCAGUAUCGACUGUAUUAUUCCACUUUGUCACACUUUUCUUUUGAACCAGAAUAAAUGAGGCCGUGUGCUCUCCAUUGUCUGCUUGAGCUGCCACUGCCCUGCUAUUUGCAUUAGAUCAGUCCAGAUUGGGACAGGUUAAAAGACAAUAAACAUUAUCACGAACUUCGUCACAUUCAAAUCCACAUCUCAAGAGCAGAUAGAGAUUUGGAAAGAGAUUUUACAUAAAUGCCUGUGGAUAGAGGACUUAACUUCCAUAGGGAAAUUGCCUGGUAUGGAGUAACAUGACAAAUCCUGAGCAAUGAACAGAACAGAACUGCUAUUGUCUCUCUACUGACCUACUUAGUAGCCCCACUCAGGUGUUGAAACCACUCAAGGCUUUUCUUCUAAAACACCCCUCAAUCAGGGAGUACUUUAUUAUGGUCUCAGACUAUUUAAUUAGAGGUUCAUAUUUCACAUCUGUUUGUUUGUUGUGCAUUCACACAUAAUACGGAAAAUGGUGUGAAAGAGUUAGUUCAACAAUCGAUCCAUCAUUACCUACAUCAUUCUACAUUUUCAAAUGCAUAAUUUAACAAACAAGCAAUGCUACUCUAUCUAUACCAACAGGUAUAUGGUUAAGUAGUAUGUAGCGUUAAGGAGAGAUAUCAUUUGUAUUGUCUUUCAUUCUUGCUGAAAUUGAUCCUUCUGAAGGAGAUUAGAGUAGUGUGUGCUGUAAUCUGAGUCACAUGUGGCCAGGAGAGUAGUUAGCUAAGAUAUCUCACAGAAAUAGACUUAGCCAUGAUACCCUGUUUUUCUCCACUAGCUCUGCUACUCAUUCAUCAGGUCUGUGUGAAUCACUUAUAUAGUUAUGUAAGGAGAUCUGACUGUGAUAUAAAAAGGUUGAGAAAGGUGUGUGAGAGAGAGUUUGAUAGGGAGAAAAUAGAUUGUGAAAUGGAUUAUAAUAAUUGAUUAGCUAAGUUUUAUUAGUGGACAUUUAGAUAUGAACAUGUGAAAUAGGAAUGUGUGGUAUAUUCAAAGUACCAAAGUGUAAUUAAUUAUUUUAUUUACAGUGAGGGGAAAAAGUAUUUGAUCCCCUGCUGAUUUUGUACAUUUGCCCACUGACAAAGACAUGAUCAGUCUAUAAUUUUAAUGGUAGGUUUAUUUGAACAGUGAGAGACAGAAUAACAACAAAAAAAUCCAGAAAAACGCAUGUCAAAAAUGUUAUAAAUUGAUUUGCAUUUUAAUGAGGGAAAUAAGUAUUUGACCCCUCUGCAAAACAUGACUUAGUACUUGGUGGCAAAACACUUGUUGGCAAUCACAGAGGUCAGACGUUUCUUGUAGUUGGCCACCAGGUUUGCACACAUCUCAGGAGGGAUUUUGUCCCACUCCUCUUUGCAGAUCUUCUCCAAGUCAUUAAGGUUUCGAGCCUGACGUUUGGCAACUCGAACCUUCAGCUCCCGCAACAGAUUUUCUAUGGGAUGAAGGUCUGGAGACUGGCUAGGCCACUCCAGGACCUUAAUGUGAUUCUUCUUGAGCCACUCCUUUGUUGCCUUGGCCGUGUGUUUUGGGUCAUUGUCAUGCUGGAAUACCCAUCCACGACCCAUUUUCAAUGCCCUGGCUGAGGGAAGGAGGUUCUCACCCAAGAUUUGACGGUACAUGGCCCUGUCCAUCGUCCCUUUGAUGCGGUGAAGUUGUCCUGUCCCCUUAGCAGAAAAACACCCCCAAAGCAUAAUGUUUCCACCUCCAUGUUUGACAGUGGGGAUGGUGUUCUUGGGGUCAUAGGCAGCAUUCCUCCUCCUCCUCCAAACACGGCGAGUUGAGUUGAUGCCAAAGAGCUCAAUUUUGGUCUCAUCUGACCACAACACUUUCACCCAGUUCUCCUCUGAAUCAUUCAGAUGUUCAUUGGCAAACUUCAGAUGGGCCUGUAUAUGUGCUUUCUUGAGCAGGGGGACCUUGCGGGCACUGCAGGAUUUCAGUCCUUCACGGCGUAGUGUGUUACCAAUUGUUUUCUUGUUGACUAUGGACCCAGCUGCCUUGAGAUCAUUGACAAGAUCCUCCCGUGUAGUUCUGGGCUGAUUCCUCACCAUUCUCAUGAUCAUUGCAACUCCACAAGGUGAGAUCUUGCAUGGAGCCCCAGGCUGAGGGAGAUUGACAGUUCUUUUGUGUUUCUUCCAUUUGCGAAAAAUCGCACCAACUGUUGUCACCUUCUCACCAAGCUGCUUGGCGAUGGUCUUGUAGCCCAUUCCAGCCUUGUGUAGGUCUACAAUCUUGUCCCUGACAUCCUUGGAGAGCUCUUUGGUCUUGGCCAUGGUGGAGAGUUUGGAAUCUGAUUGAUUGAUUGCUUCUGUGGACAGGUGUCUUUUAUACAGGUAACAAGCUGAGAUUAGGAGCACUCCCUUUAAGAGUGUGCUCCUAAUCUCAGCUCGUUACCUGUAUAAAAGACACCUGUGAGCCAGAAAUCUUUCUGAUUGAGAGGGGGUCAAACACUUACAGUGGGGAGAACAAGUAUUUGAUACACUGCAGAUUUUGCAGGUUUUCCUACUUACAAAGCAUGUAGAGGUCUGUAAUUUUUAUCAUAGGUACACUUCAACUGUGAGAAACGGAAUCUAAAACAAAAAUCCAGAAAAUCACAUUGUAUGAUUUUUAAGUAGUUAAUUUGCAUUUUAUUGCAUGACAUAAGUAUUUGAUACAUCAGAAAAGCACAACUUAAUAUUUGGUACAGAAACCUUUGUUUGCAAUUACAGAGAUCAUACGUUUCCUGUAGGUCUUGACCAGGUUUGCACACACUGCAGCAGGGAUUUUGGCCCACUCCUCCAUACAGACCUUCUCCAGAUCCUUCAGGUUUCGGGGCUGUCGCUGGGCAAUACGGACUUUCAGCUCCCUCCAAAGAUUUUCUAUUGGGUUCAGGUCUGGAGACUGGCUAGGCCACUCCAGCACCAUGAGAUGCUUCUUACGGAGCCACUCCUUAGUUGCCCUGGCUGUGUGUUUCGGGUCGUUGUCAUGCUGGAAGACCCAGCCACAACCCAUCUUCAAUGCUCUUACUGAGGGAAGGAGGUUGUUGGCCAAGAUCUCGCGAUACAUGGCCCCAUCCAUCCUCCCCUCAAUAUGGUGCAGUCGUCCUGUCCCCUUUGCAGAAAAGCAUCCCAAAGAAUGAUGUUUCCACCCCCAUGCUUCACGGUUGGGAUGGUGUUCUUGGGGUUGUACUCAUCCUUCUUCUUCCUCCAAACACGGCGAGUGGAGUUUAGACCAAAAAGCUAUAUUUUAGUCUCAUCAGACCACAUGACCUUCUCCCAUUCCUCAUCUGGAUCAUCCAGUUGGUCAUUGGCAAACUUCAGACGGGCCUGGAUAUGCGCUGGCUUGAGCAGGGGGACCUUGCGUGUGCUGCAGGAUUUUAAUCUAUGACGGCGUAGUGUGUUACGAAUGGUUUUCUUUGAGACUGUGGUCCCAGCUCUCUUCAGGUCAUUGACCAGGUCCUGCCGUGUAGUUCUGGGCUGAUCCCUCACCUUCCUCAUGAUCAUUGAUGCCCCACGAGGUGAAAUCUUGCAUGGAGCCCCAGACCGAGGGUGAUUGACCGUCAUCUUGAACUUCUUCCAUUUUCUAAUAAUUGCGCCAACAGUUAUUGCCUUCUCACCAAGCUGCUUGCCUAUUGUCCUGUAGCCCAUCCCAGCCUUGUGCAGGUCUACAAUUUUAUCCCUGAUGUCCUUACACAGCUCUCUGGUCUUGGCCAUUGUGGAGAGGUUGGAGUCUGUUUGAUUGAGUGUGUGGACAGGUGUCUUUUAUACAGGUAACGAGUUCAAACAGGUGCAGUUAAUACAGGUAAUGAGUGGAGAACAGGAGGGCUUCUUAAAGAAAACCUAACAGGUCUGUGAGAGCCAGAAUUCUUACUGGUUGGUAGGUGAUCAAAUACUUUUGUCAUGCAAUAAAAUGCAAAUUAUUUACUUAAAAAUCAUGCAAUGUGAUUUGCAAAAUCGGCAGUGUAUCAAAUACUUGUUCUCCCCACUGUAUUUCCCUCAUUAAAAUGCAAAUCAAUUUAUAACAUUUUUGACAUGCGUUUUUCUGGAUUUUGUUGUUGUUAUUCUGUCUCUCACUGUUCAAAUAAACCUACCAUUAAAAUUAUAGACGGAUCAUGUCUUUGUCAGUGGGCAAACGUACAAAAUCAGCAGGGGAUCAAAUACUUUUUUCCCUCACUGUAUGCAUCAAGUUGUUUUGUGUUUCUUUUUAACGGAGCAAGAUAAAGGUUUUCUACUACAAACUUCUAUUACUGCCUUGGACUCCUUCAUCCUUACAAUGCCAAAGAGUGACACAUGGCCGGGUGGUGUCACAAUAGAGACGAUGACUGGCAUGGACAGUGCAGGCAGCUGUGACAGUGUUGUCAGCAUGAACUCUGGAUUUGUAAGUACAUGUGUUAUCCUCACAUCUCUCAAGUUGUAUUCCUGAACCCGCACAAUACGUUUUGCCAAAUACAUUUUGUGACAAAUGACUGCAUCUCACAUAGAACUAAACAGCUCAGAAUGAACUGAAUUGACAAUACCUUAAGGGAGUUCUGGGGUUUUAAGUGUUUUUAAAUGGGUCUUGUGUGUCUUGCAGAGUGACGAUAGCUUUGAGCACCUGUCUGCUGAGGAGAGGGCAUGUCUCAUGUUCUUGGAAGAGACCAUAGAGUCCCUAGAGACUGAGGAGGACAGUGGACUAUCCAAUAAUGAGCCUGACUGCCUGCCCACCACCGGCAAUGUGGCCACCAAGAUGGCCCACCUCUCUGCCUCCAUUGGCCAAAACAAACUCAACAGUGAGUGACCUGCCAAGGAGGGAAUUAGAUCCUCUUGAAUAUCAAAAGCAUCUAAUUAGUAUUUUGUUUGUCUUUCAGAUGUAUCAAAAUAUCCCAGAGAGCAGCACGGUUACCUGGUUCCUACUCCGUUCAUCCUGGCCAACAGCACCUCCUGCAUCCUGCCCAAGGCUAGGCCAGGCAUACCCCCAGAUAAGGAGAACUCUCUCCCAAAGCCCAAGGUCACUGCCUUGGACAACAGGCCAUGUCAGGGCCACCACCCUUGUGUACCCCCUGAGGUCAAUGUUGUUGUGAUUCCCCCUCCGUCAAAGCCCAAAGACUACCCUGGUCAGAGACCACCCCCUUCACCCAGAGGCCCUCUGUCCUAUGAAGCCCUAGUGCAGCUAAGGAAGAGUGCCUCCAUGAAGAGAACCCCUCAAAGUCCCACAGCUGAGACCAGAGACUGGAACAGGCAGCCCUCUGCAUCAGACAUACCCAUUCACCCGCAUCAUGGAAGCACACCCAGAGGCCCCUCAGUCACCCCAGCCCAGGGGAUACUCCCCCAGGAGCCCAGCAAGCACAAGGCCAGUCCUCCAGUCGUGUUUCCCCCCCAAAACAAAAUACCUUCCCACACUGCGCUGAAUAACCAAAAGGAUACUGCCAACCCCACCACAGACUCCAGUGCCACUUCCUUGGGCUCAUUGCCCAGUGACAGGCAUUUGUCGGACCCCCAGAGGGUGAGAAAGGAGGCCUUACAAAAGCUGGGGCUCCUGAGAGACAAUAAUGAGUCCCAACCUAAGCCUGUUACGCCACUGUGCACCUCCAAAUCUCACUCCUCCUUGGAACUAACGUCAGCCAGUGUGGGAGUCAAAGCUCCACCUCAUGGUAACCCAACAAGAAGCCAGCCCUCAACCACCUCCCAGGGACCCAGAGAAUCUAACAUCAGGCCAGUACAAAGCAGCAGCAGCUUCCUACAUCGCUCUAGUGAGGAGCAGCCCACCGUCCCCCUCUCACACCUGGCCAAACCGAGUGGGGUCAAAGCUGCCAACCUGGAGCGCUCAGGGUUGGGGCUUGGGAGCUACAAGUCUGACCAUGGGAUACCUCCCGAUCCCCACUCCGCCACCCUGGGCAGCCAGAGGGAGGGUGGACGUUGCACCCCACCUGCUCCCAACAAAGCCCCAGAACAGGUGAAAACAACCCCCGCUGCACAGCCAGUGUCCCCCCACAAGACCCCGCACUGCCCAGGCAUCAGUGUGGUGAUGGUGCCCAGCAUGGGAGAAGAUAGACGAGAGGCACUUAGGAAGCUGGGGCUGCUGAAAGACUAGGCCCAGAGAGAGGGCAGCCAAAUAUCUGCCCAGUAGAUAAACAGAUAUAUAGAGGGUAUAAAAUGAAACAGACUUCCACCACCUUAGGGAGGGAAGCAUCAAGAAGUGGGGAAUGAACCGAUUUCAGGAAAUUUUUUGAGCAUUGAACAUGCUGGCUUAUCAGGAAAAGACUGGCCUCUUUCUUCCUUUUCUCUCUUUAAGAGAGUACUGCAGUUUACUUUACUCAGUAGUGCUGAGCAAUUAACUGAAAUGUUGGUUCAAUUAUUUUAAUUCAAUUUUGUUCCGUUUUCUUUUCUGUAAGCUCAAUGUGAACAUUGCGCAGUUUCUCAAGAGAUAAAGCAGAACAAGCCUGAACUGUGUGAUGUAGUAG